GAAAAACAGAAUGACAGAUGAGAGCGGAAGAUCUUCAAGCCCAAGAGAUGGCGAAGCUGUUUACCUGGUCAACCAGAGCUCAAACACCUGCCUCAGCGUCACCGCCGGCUCGAGCCCCGACGACGCCGUGGUCGCCAUGGCGCCCUUCAGCGGCGACCUGAGCCAGCAGUGGCUCCGGGCGGGCGGCCAGUGGCUCUGGGGCGCCAACCACGCCUUCUGCUUGGUGCCCGUCGACGGCACCAACGACGUAGGUCUGGGCGAUGCCAACGCGUCCUCGGUGUCCUGGAGUUACGACGAGGCCAGUAGGAUCGUGGUGGGAUCGGAUGCCCUGGACGUGCCCCUGGAGGAGCCCAGAACGAGGGUCAUUCUGUCUCCUGCGAACGAUGACGCCACGCAGAAGUGGACGAUUGACCUCGUGUCGCCGGAGGAGCCGGAAUACUUCAUCAACCAAAGCAGCAAAACUUGCCUUGGCGUGCGAAAGGGGUCGACGCCAAGCGACGCUUACGUCGGCACCCUCCACGGCAACGGACUCAAAGAACAGCAGUGGUUCUUUGUGGGCGACACGUGGCAGUGGGGCGGCAACCGGUCUUACUGCCUUGGCCCUGACUACGACAACCGAACUGUGAUCCUGGAAGAUACGAGCACUUCUACUUCAGUAUGGUACGUAGAUGAUGCGCAAAGGCUGAGAAUCGGAGAAUAUGCUAUCGACGUACCACAGACAGCCCCAAGAACAAGAGUUGGGCUGUUCAAAGCAAGCGACGCCAUACAUCAAAAAUGGUGGAGGUUCUCUGAGCUAAUGGCUUCACUUGAGGGCGUAGAACCACCUGUGUAUCCCUUCCCUGGCAGUGACGAAACUACCUAUAACCAGGAAAUAGACAGAGGUUUAAUAAAUGCGCUCAGUUCUAAGACAGAGCCUCUGCCAUACCCCCGUGAUGUACCUACUUUCCCCGGUACAGUUGAUCCCGAAACUCCUCGAGUAAACAGAAAGGUCACUUUAGAUCUUUCUGUCCUUGGUCAGAACAGAAAUUUUCGAAUGACAGUUCCCAAAGACUGGCAAGCGACAGACCUGUAUGUGGCAGAAGGUGAUAUCUGCCAAAUCAUUCUGCCAGAAGCUUUGACAGCUGAUCAGGCAUUGCAAAUCACAGUCCGCGUUGGCGCAUAUACUGAUGCACUUAAUCCACACUCAAGCAAUAUUGAAAAUAAGAAAUAUAAACGAAUGCCAGUCGUGUCUGAAGUAUUUGAUGUUUUCCCAGGUGUCAAUGAAAUUCGCAGUCAGUAUGGAGGAAACCUGAUAUUCAUGUAUACCGAGGGUGAAAAUUUUACGGUUGACGUUGAUGUUAAGAACGUGGUUGAAGCACCAUAUUUCCGGUAUGGCGUGACCUCCGUUGAGGACUGGGAAGCUAUCAAGACGCGAGAUGCGCCGCACGCAGUACUGGAGUCAGACAAGUGCGUACUCGUCGUGCCUUCCUCGGCAGCUCAUGAACUCACGGACCCUGAUCAGCUGAUGGCUCGCUAUGAUGAGGUUCUCCCCAUGGAGAGUUACGCAGCAGGUUUCGAUGAGACGGAAGCUCCUCCUCGAGGAAAGUAUUGGCUGGUGAAUGAUAUUCAGAUCGGUGCUGGAUCUGCUCAUUCUGGAUUUCCGGUUAUGUUCUCCCGCGGAUCAUAUAAUAUAGCCAAUCCCGACAUCCCUUACAAUUGGGUAGUUUGGCAUGAACUUGGUCACAAUCAUCAACAAGGUUCUUACUGGUGCAGAGCAUAUGGAAGUGAAUCGAGCGUUAACUUGUUCUCCCUGUACAUCCAGGAGCAACUUUUUGACACUGACAGACUGGAGGAUAUGAACGGCUACGUCACAGCAGCCGAUAAAGUGGACAAUGGAAUGACCUUUGACGAGGGAGACGUGUGGGAUAAGCUGGUGUUCCUGAUGGAGAUCAAGCACGCCUUCCCCGAGGGAUGGGAGAUGUUCCGCCAGCUGUACAAGACGACUCGAGCGCUCUCCGACGACGAGGCGCAUGACAUAGCCGGGAACCAUCAGCUGCAGAUCGACCAUGCGUACAAGAACCUCAGCAAGAGCGCGGGCUACGACCUCGUCCUGACCUACGACCGAUGGGGCCUCGAGCUCAGCGAAGAGGCGAAGCAGGAGAUAUAGCAACUGGGACUCGAGAAGGCUCCAGGGGACCUUUCUCAUAGACCUCCAUCUGGCAAAAAAUAAGGACGCCAGAAAAUUGUGCUAUUUUUGUCCCUGAUCAACUUGUUCAAAACCAUUUGAAGACCAGUUAAAUUACAUUUAUUUUUCUGAAAAAUGGCCGCAACUUCUGCACCCUGUAAGCUUUUUGAAAUUUCAUGUAUAUUAUAUUUCUUAUUACUUUAACCCAUGCUACAUGCGAUUAAACAUUGGUCUUCCAAUAAUUACUCUCAAUUGUAAACUAUUUCCGUAUUAUUAUAUUAAAUGUUGUCAUAUCUGAAGCUUCUGUCGUUUUUAAGAUUAUAAAUUGGAAUUUCAUUGCUUGUGUGAAAAAAUGUCAUAUAUGCUUGCAGUAUACAUUGUGCAUAAGUGUAAGAAAUUCCCUAGUCUGAUCCUACAGAAUCUAAUAAUUGUUAAUCUGGAAUUCAUGGAUGCUUGCUUAAAAAAAAAAAAAAAAAAAAA